CUUUUCAACUUAUUUUGCUAUUUUUUCCUCCGUCUCUUGACUCUGUCCUCUCAAAACCAGAACCAGAAGAGAGUUCCCUGUCGCCCUUGCUGACUUUGAGGACGUUCCCGUUCAAUAGAGACGCCGCCGCCGACGAUGAACGGCGGGCCUUCGGGCUUUCAGAAUGCCCCGGUAACCAGGAAUCUUGUGAUUUUUUGCGCUUUCCUCACAGUAUUAUUCGUGGCUCGAGGCCGUUCUACUAGUCUUGGAUUCUCCUACCAGGAUAUCAUCCAGAGGCUUCGUUUUUUCAGAGUUAUUCCUUCAAUAUUUGCCUUCUCGUCAAUACCGGAGUUAAUUUUUGGAGUUUAUUUGCUAUAUUACUUCAGAUUAUUCGAGAGGCAGAUAGGUUCUAAUAAAUACUCAGUUUUUGUUCUAUUCUCUCUGUCAGCGUCACUGUUACUUGAUGUUCUUGCCUUGGUGUUUCUAAAAGACCGGACCACCAAAAUACUUGCUUCUGGACCUUAUGGACUUAUAUUUGCAUCCUUUAUACCAUUUUUAUUUGAUAUCCCAAUUUCAUCGCAAAUUCGAGUAUUUGGCAUACCCUUCAGUGACAAGUCAUUCAUAUACAUGGCUGGUCUUCAGCUCUUUUUGUCAUCAUGGAAGCGUUCUUUAGUACCCACCAUCUGUGGUCUGCUUGCUGGUUCAUUAUAUCGUCUCAAUGUGUUCGGCAUCCGAAGAUUUAAGUUUCCUCAAUUCAUAGAAUCAUUCUUCAGUCGGUUAUCAUGGUCUGCUCCUAGAAGAUCACCACCCCGCAUUAAUGUCCGAAGGAAUGUACCAACUUCUGCCAAUCAUCAUCUGGAGAGAAGUUUUGGAUCCACAACCACAUCAAUCGUAGAACCGCCUGAGUCUUCUGUUGCUAUUUUAGUAUCCAUGGGCUUUGAUAGCAAUUUGGCUAGGCAGGCGCUCAUGCGGGCAAGAAAUGACAUCAAUAUGGCAACAGACAUCCUUCUUGAAGCUCAAUCUCGGUAACUGAAAAACUCAAAUUUAUUUAUCAAAAAAUGGGAAAGUGAAGACAGAUUGUUCACAUCCGAGUUAAUAUUCAAGCAAGUUAGGGAGGAACCCAACUAACCAGUUGAAUUUUCAACAGCUCUCAGUCUGGUUGUUCUCUGUUCUUAGAUCAUGAGUUAGGAAACUUAUUAUCUUAGAAAUGAACACCGGAUCGGAUGAUAUCCACGUACUGAUACCCCUUAAUGUUUAGGGUAUCCUGUAAAAUCUCAUCUUGAUAUGGACAUGAAUGUUUAUACUUUUUUUAUUGAUUUGUCUGCUACAAUGCUGUAAAAGUUUUGGGUUCAGUUGAGAUGAUAAUUAUAUGGAAAUCCAAGUUUUUAA